CAACGUAGACCCUGCAUGUCGGAGCUGUGGAGCAUCAGUGCUUAAAAAAUACAGGAUAUCUAUAGCAUUAAAAUAAUCUUGUUUGAUUUUACCGAUGUGGACAAAAUGUGUCCCAUGUACCGCAACGUUGGGCUUUUGCAUCGGAGUGUACAUGCGCCACUUAAGAUCUUUUUUACUUUCACAGUGAUUUUUAAAUGUGUAAUUGAACGCAAUUUGUUGUAGUUGUUUGAGCAGCGCAGUGACAGACAGUUGCGUUAUGCGUUUCGAGCGAAACCUCGGAUGUAACAAAAGACAAUUCCAUGUGUUCCCAACCCCAAAGAUGAUGAGGAGUUUACGAAGACUGGUGCAUUUGGUUCUGUUUUGCCCCAUGUCAAAAGGAUUGCAGAGCCGCCUGCCUGCUAUCAAAGUGAAGUACCUCUUCCUGGCCUGGCUGGGGAUUUUUGUCGGGAGCUGGGCUGUCUACAUGCAUUAUUCAUCGUACUCGGAGCUCUGCCGUGGCCAUGUCUGUCAAAUGAUAAUCUGUGACCACUACAGAAGGGGCAUCAUCUCUGGGUCCUCCUGCAAAGCUCUCUGUGAGGAAAACACGCUGAUAUUACAACACUGCCUAUCCUCAACACCCACACACCAGGUCUACAGCGGAGCCUGGAAGGAGAAGCCGGUUAUUAUCAAGUGUGGUAUUGAAGAGACUCUAAGGGGCGAUGGCAGCCCUGAUUCUGUACCCAGGAAAGAGAUGACACUCUUUGAUAAACCAACCAGAGGGACCUCCAUGGAUGAAUUUCGAGAAAUGCUCCACAGUUUCCUGAGGUCCAAUCUUGGUGAGCAGCCAUCUCUGGGGAGCCUGGUGGGCCGCGUUAUUUCUCUGGCAGAUGUCAAUCAGGAUGGGAAGGUGUCCCUGGCUGAGGCCAAGUCAGUGUGGGCGCUACUGCAGGUCAACGAGUUCCUACUCAUGGUGGCGCUCCAGGAAAAAGAGCACACCCCCAGGCUGCUGGGUUUUUGUGGUGACCUGUAUGUGACUGAGCAAGUGGCUCACAGCUCCCUCUACAGGCUGGAGGUUCCCCGCUAUCUGCAGCCACUAGUCCCUUCAGCCCUGCACUCUAGUGUUAACCAGUGGCUGGCUCCAGCCUGGCCUCGGAGGGCCAAGAUCACUAUUGGGCUGCUGGAAUUUGUGGAAGAGGUCUUCCACGGCUCCUAUGGGAGCUUCUUCAUGUGUGAUGCUAGCCCCCGGCACAUUGGCUACAACAGUAAAUAUGACUGCAAGAUGGCGGACCUGCGAAGUGUGGCUUCUGAAAUGUCUGUGCGGGGAUUCCUGAAGGGCCGGCGCUGCGAGCAUAACAGUGAUUGCACUUAUGGCAAGGACUGCAUGGCCACUUGCGACAAGCUGGUCAAACAGUGCAACACGGAAGUGGUGCAGCCCAACCUGGCCAAGGUAUGCCAUCUCCUACAGGACUUCCUGCUCUUUGGCGCUCCGCCUGACCUCAGGGAAGACCUGCAAAAGCAGCUAAGAACUUGUGUCACCCUAAGUGGCCUGGCCAGCCAGAUGGAGGUGCAUCAUUCUUUGGUCCUCAACAAUCUCAAAACCCUGCUAUGGAAGAAGAUUUCCAAUACCAAGUAUUCCUGAAGGAAGGCCUGUGAGGGACCUGUCAUGGAAUAUUGAAGGAUUCCUUCUAUUGCAGAGGGGUGGGCAGAUAUAUUCAUUAAUACUAGUUAUGUUCUCUUGAGGUUCUAGAGCUCCAGAAGCCAAGCUUUUUUUCAAAGGCCCAGUUUAAUUUUCUAGCUCAGGACUAAAUGCUGUUGGGGCCCUUAUUUGAACAGUUUUUUAAAAGUAAUGUAGUGCUGAAGUUCUGUUGAUUUAUAUGUGGCCAGUCUUAUUCAGUACUGUUUAAUACUGAAGGAGGUAUUGCAUCUGGCUGGUAGGGAACUUCUAGGAAGUAUGAGACAGACCACAAAUGUGUCAUCUAUUGUCCUUAAAUAGAUUGCUUUUCAAGUUUUGUUUUGCCUUCAAGCUGGUUCUCUUUUGCUAAAUCCUUCACAUUCUCAGGGUCUGUUGUAUGCUGCUGAAGAGACAAAAGCAUGGUAUUUUGUAAGGUGGUUAAGAGUUAUGGAAUGGAACUGCCUUUUGUGAAGCAUUUACAAAUUCAAGACAUCCAUGCAUUUUUAGUCACUUCUUUAUCCUUAGAAUGUUAUGGUGAGUCAGCCGUUCUGACAGAGUGGGACUACACCCUGAUACUAGUAUGCUAGUCCAUAGCAGGAUGCCGUCUAAAAGCAUUCAUUACCAUAAGGAGACAAGACAAAACAUAGACCUGUUCAACUAGGGGCUGAUCACUGUUAAAUGUCAAAGCGUUUCACAUAUAAAUCCUGCACUAUAGACCAAUUCACCCUGCAUUUGCCCCCAACAGAAAGCUGUUAAUGAACUGUUUAAGUAGUAAUGUUCUACUGGAUUUCUAGUUCUCAUUUGGGUGUGUCAGAAGAUCCAGUAAUCUUUCGUGUCCCUCAUGGUAUUGUGCAGAAGGGGGUUUCCUUUCUACAUGCAAUUAUUACAACCUCUUUUUCCAAGCAGAUUCUAUAGCAGAAACAACUACCCUUGUAUUAUAGUGCAUUGAUGUUAAUUAAUUUUAACCUAACCUAAUUUUAACCUAAAUAGAGGUUAGGUUUAUUAAGAACUAACCUUUUUAAAGAUUACUUUAUACAAACAAGCUGGCCGCACUAUUCUGCACAUCAGCAUCAGCUCAGAUGGGCAUUCAUUAAAAAAAUGGAGGCUUAAAUACAUCUGACAAUCCACUCUCAAAUCUGUUCUGGUGGCACUAACGAAUUAACAGAAAACUACAAUCUCAAGAAAAUGUGAAUACUUUUUUGCGGAUUUUUAAGUAAACAAAUAAUAAUUGUUAGUAAAUAUAACCGUGAUUCUCAUUUCAUGAAACUAACUCUACAAAAAAAGCUGCAGCAGGAAUCGGCAAAUCCAUUUUCCCCAGAUUUGAGUCCUGCAGGUGUUACCUUUCCAAAUCAGCACUAACAAAUAAUUAGGUAAAUUAAGUAAUUAAGAUCUUGAGAGGUAUAGAAACCAGAGGAUCUUCAAGGCUGAAGACUUGGUGUUGCCCAUCCCUGCUAUAAAUGCUGAUGACCAUUGUUUAUGAAAUCAAAACAUUUAGAGUGUGAUUUUGUAGUAAGUGGCCUGUUCCAACAAUUAUAUUGUACAAAACAGCAGAGAGAACAAUACAAAAAAAAAGGACAGAUUUUGUAUAAAACAAUAGUACACACCAGAGGAUGUAUGCAGGCUCAGCUGGACACAAAUGGUGGGCAUAUUGAACUGAUGUGGUGCCCUCCCAACACUAUGUUUGAGUACCCCAGUUUCAUUCCUCCCCAGAGUUGUCCUCACAACAUAUUUGAAUAGUCCUGUUAACUAAAACAGGAGAACAGUUAUUCUCCUGUUUUAGUGGGCCACCCAACUUUAAAAUCUUUUUUUGUGAACUGAAAUGAUUAAAUAUGGUCUUUGCCAGCAGGACUACCAAGCACAGCAAGAAUGAAGCCAGCGUUUCCACAGCACGACGAUUGCUCACCACUGGUCAGUUUUUAAAAUUUGUAGUUCAAAUGCAAGACUUGAAAUUCUUCUAAAUACAUUAUGCUUUUCUGAAGUGUCUUCAUUUGUAAAGGUUGUGCACAUUCCCAGUUACUCCCUUUGCUGUAUUAAAUGGACACAAGCAAUUUUAAUGCUUUUGUUUGGCUCUUACCCCA